CGCAUAUUCCAAGCAUUUCAUAACAACGUAGCUUCAAAACUUGAAAGUUGCUGUUGUAGUACACAAAAAGUGAAGUACAACAAACCAAACAGUAGAUGUCUCCCUAGUCCGUGCGGCUGUGUGUCUUCGCGAGGACGCUGCUGUCGACUGAUGACAGAGUCGCCAUUUUGAAAAGCAAAUCGUUCACAGCACACCCACCCUGAGUACUGGAACUAUGCCGCGGGGCCGGCCUCGCAAACUGAGAGUUCAAAGCAACGACGAAACAGAUGCGGAUCCCAGUGAAUCUAAGGCAGAGGGCUUCAGUGAUGGGGAGCUCAAGGAUAAGAAGUGCACAAUAUGCUCCCAGAUUUUUACCACAGAGAGCCAGCUGCAGAAGCACCUCCGUGAACAUGAGGUCAAUGAUAAGCCUCAUCGUUGUGACCAGUGCUCACAGACGUUCAACGUGGAGUUCAACCUCACGCUACACAGGUCCACACACACUACAUCGGACUUCACCUGCCCCGUUUGCAAUAAGAAGUUCUCUCGCAUCGCCAGCCUUAAAUCCCAUAUCAUGCUGCAUGAGAAGGAGGAGAAUCUGAUCUGUGCUGAGUGCGGAGAUGAGUUUGUUCUUCAAAGCCAGCUCUCUCUGCAUUUGGAGGAGCAUCGGAAGGAGCUCUCGGGCAUCAAGGUCUACACCUGCAAGACCUGCGACAAGGAGUUCAAGACGUCUGCGCAAAUAAAGGAGCAUAUGAAGAGUCACAUCAAAAUGAGGCCACUUACUUCUACUUCAAGAAACUACAAGAAAAACAUAGAUCGCAGUGGGUUCACAAACAGCUGCCAUCAUUGUGGAAAGGCUUUCAAAAAGCCCAGCCAGCUCAUCAGGCACAUCCGAAUACACACAGGUGAGAGACCCUACAAGUGCACGCACUGCGGCAAGGCUUUCAACCAGAAGGUGGUGCUACAGACUCACAUGGUGAGACACACCGGGGAGAAACCUCACCUCUGCAUGUUGUGCCCUGCCUCCUUCUCCCAGAAGGGGAACCUGCACUCUCACGUUCAGAGGGUUCAUUCUGAGACCAAAGGGGUGCCACUGUUCCCUUGCAUGGACUGCAGCUGUGUAUUUAAGAAACUUGGCAGUCUGAACGCCCACAUCAGCAAAAUGCACAUAUCCGUGAUUGAGGUGCCAUCCACCACUUCGGAGGCUGAAACAACAGGUCAGGCACCAGGGGUGCCAGAAGUUGGCGAGGGAGUGACAGAUGUCAUCCAGCAACUUCUAGAGCUGUCAGAACAGGUCAGUGGGGAGACAGCCCAGCCUCAGCCCCCAGAGCCAGCUAUCACAAUGGAAACUGCUAUUAACCAGGACAUCCUACAGCAAGCGCUGGAGAACAGCGGGCUGAGUGUGGUCCAACCCCAGAGUGACGCCCCACCAAGAGAGUCAGAGAACCAAACGACCGAUGGCGCUGUUGUGGAAAACAAGAAAGUGCAAAGUACAGACAAACUGAACAGGGAGAAAAAGAGGAGCAUUUUUAAGAAACCUAUACAAAUGCCAGGCUCCAUCAGGGAGGAGGAUGGCGUUCGCUGGCACGGAUGCCCCUACUGCUCCAAGGAGUUUAAGAAGCCCAGUGACCUUGUUCGGCAUAUACGCAUCCACACCCACGAGAAGCCUUUCAAGUGCAAACAGUGCUUCAGAGCUUUUGCUGUCAAGAGCACCCUCACAGCACAUAUGAAGACGCACACGGGUAUCAAGGCCUUCGAGUGUCAGAGCUGUCUGAAGUGCUUCUCCACCUCUGGCAGCAUGAAAGUGCACAUGCGGCUGCAUACAGGUGUGAGGCCUUUCCCCUGCCCUCACUGCGACAAGAUCUUUCGUACGUCGGGACACAGGAAAACACACAUCGCUUCUCACUUCAAAAGCUUGCAGCAGAAAAAGCAUAAAUUUCCACGGAAAGCAAACAAAGCCAAAGUGUCCAAAAGCAACCUACCGCUACCAGAUAUCCCCUUGCAGGAACCCAUCCUCAUCACCGACUUUGGUCUCAUCCCAUCCCAAAACCCCCGCCUGGCUUUUCAACAGUACCUGGAUGUUGUGGCCAAUGACCGGCCAUACAAGUGCCAGUUCUGCAGUAAAGCCUAUAAGAAGUCAAGUCACCUUAAACAGCAUGUCAGGUCUCAUACAGGAGAAAGGCCCUACAAGUGUGUCCAGUGCAGUCGCAGUUUUGCCUCCUCGGGAGUCCUCAAAGCUCACAUCCGAACACAUUCGGGGCUAAAGGCAUACAGGUGUUGUAUGUGCGACACAACGUUCACCACCAGCGGCAGCUUAAGGCGCCACAUGACCACUCACAGUGACCUGCGACCUUACAUGUGCCCCUACUGCCAGAAGACCUUUAAGUCAUCACCUAACUGUAGGAAACACAUGAAGACGCACAGGUAUGAACUGGCCCAGCAGCUACAACCCCAGUCAGGAGAAGACCCCCUGGGAGCUGGCACUGUAGCCCAUGACAUGCAAGUGGAAAUAGAGGGUGACACUCUCCAGCAAGCCCCGGCUGAAACAGCAGAGCAGCAGAGCAUGCUGGGACUGAACCAGACAGAGGUUGUAAAUGGAGGCCAGCAAGUGACACUGGACGCAAACCUGACUGUACAAGGAGAAGACUCAUAUGUGACUACCCAGCAUGCUUUGCCUCAGAAUAUCAGCCAGUUUGAGACACCAGCACUUCCUCAGUCUUCAUUUGACCAGCAAGCUCUAACACAAGGCUUCACCAUCACUGAAACGAGCUACAAUCAGCCCCAGUUCUCCACAGUCCAGCAGCUGCAGGACUCCAGCACCCUGGAGUCUCAGGCCCUUUCAUCCAGCUAUCACCCUCCAAAUCUGCUUCAUGUCCCACCUGCUGAGGUGACGAAUGGGCUUCUUCAGCAGAGCAGUCAAAACGACCUCCAGUUGCCUACAGAGACACAGGAGUACCAGGAAGACUGUGAAGACAACACUAAGAGAGCCUACAGGUGCAGUUGGUGCAGUAAAGCCUUUAAAAAGUCAAGCCACUUGAAACAGCACGUGAGAUCGCACACUGGGGAGAAACCAUUCGGAUGUAACCUCUGUGGACGAGCCUUUGUAUCAGCUGGAGUACUCAAGUCCCAUCUGAAUACCCAUACAGGAGUGAAGCCCUUUAAGUGUAAUGUUUGUGACGCCUCCUUCACCACAAAUGGCAGCCUGAAUCGCCACAUGAUCAUUCACAUCAAGUCUUUCAAAUGCUCCAUGUGUGAUGAGAGCUUCCGGACCAGCCUGCUUUGUAAGAGGCAUAUGAAAAAGGAGCACGCCAUGGACGAUCAAAUUAUAGGCCUGGAGUCAAGUCAAGAUGUGGAAGAAGAGGAAAAUGAAGAGGAAAAUGAACAAAAGACAUCAAAGAGGAGGGGAAUGGAAAUUAUCACGUUCACUGAAGAGCAGGCAGCCGAAUUGGCGAAGGAUCCCGGCGAGGAGGCCUCAGUUUCGGAGCGAAUACUUUCCCAGUCGGCAGCUGAAAGAGAUCGGAUCAGUGAGAUUAAAGACAAAGCCGUGGAGCUGGAAACCGAACCCAAGUUUGCCAACUGCUGCAAUUACUGCCCCAAGAGCUUCAAGAAGCCCAGCGACCUCGUCAGACACAUCAGGAUCCACACAGGAGAGAGGCCUUACAAGUGUGACGAAUGUGGGAAGAGUUUUACAGUGAAGUCGACCCUGGACUGCCACGUUAAAACACAUACAGGUCAGAAGCUUUUCAGCUGUCAUAUGUGCAACACCUCCUUCUCUACAAAGGGGAGCCUGAAGGUGCACAUGCGCCUCCACACCGGCUCCAAGCCCUUCAAGUGUCCCUUCUGCGAACUCCGCUUCAGAACUUCGGGUCACCGCAAAACACACAUCCAGUGUCACUUCCGUCCAAACGGCGACGGCCGCAAAUCCAAGCGUUCUUCCUCGUCCUCCAGUCAGGCCAGACAGGGUCAAGACCCAGCGACUGGGCAGGGUGUGGCUCCAAGUCAGGGGCAGCAGCCAACUGGAUCAGAGGCUCUUCAGUCUGUGGGGCUGCUGCAAACACCCAGCGCUGACCCCAGCAUUUACCUCCCAGCUAACCAGGUUCUCACAGGACAGUUUGACCAGAAUCUACUGCAGUCAGGACUAGUAGGACAGGCCCUCCUGCCCGCCUCCAUGUCAGCUGCAGGAGACUUGACCGUGUCGCUCCCAGAUGGCCUUACCACGCUGGACGGCAUCCACUUGCAGCUGACGCCCGCCAACCUGGUGUGUCCCAACGUCCAGAUCUCCGGCAUCGACACCAGCAACAUCAACAACAUCACACUACAGAUCGAUCCCGCCCUCCUGCAGCAGACUCUACAGCAAGGCGGCCUCCUCUCGCAGCCCCUGAGUGUCGAUACAGGUCUGGUCUCCCACUCAGGGAGCCAGCUCAUGUCUACGACUGACACCUCAGUGUCUGCCAACGUUGUCAUCCACCCACUGACCAGCCUGGCCUUGCAGCCCUCCACUAUCACACCUGCGCAGGUCACAAUGGCUGGACUAUCUGAGCAGGAUGCUGCCAGUUCUCAGGACCUAAGCAAUGUCAUGGGCAGCUCUGCGCUAGUGGCAGGUGGCAACAGCGGUCAGGAGAUCACCCUGACCAUCAACAACUCCAGCCUGACACAAGCUCUCGCCCAAGUCCAGGCUUCAGCUGCUGGUUCUGGCACAGCAGGAGGAAAUCCUCAGGAGAUCACCCUCACCAUAUCAGGUCAGGAUCUGCUCCCCCAGCCAAACAAUCCCAGUGCCGCUGAGAUGAACGGCAGCAUCAGGCUAGCGUCACCGCUAAACGGCCAAACCACCAGUGCAACUCUGACCAUCACCAAUGACCACCUGCUACCUCAAAGCCCCGCCAAUACUGGAAAUGCUGUCACCAGUCUGCCACCAAGCACCACCCUGUCUCACACUGCUGCCUCCCAGAGCCUAGUGAUGUCACCAGGAACUAUGGCCAGUGAUGGCAGCGUCACACUAACCCUUGCAGAUGCUCAGGGCAUGCUGGAUGGCGUCACCUUAAACCUCAAUACACAGGGUCAGACUUUCCCUGCAGUACUGAAUGAUUCUGGCCUAACAGGACAGCCAGGGACCACAGGCCAGCAGGUCAUACUGGUUAGCCACCAGUCCCAGUCCGCAAAUGGAGCAACAGACAAUGGAUAUACUAUUUCCACUGAUAAGGGUGGGAAAGAGCUCCAGGUGGAUACUGAUAACCGAAAUCAGUGUUUCUACUGUAAUCAAGUGUGCCAGAAUGCCAAUACACUGCGACGUCACUGCAGACAGGCUCACGGCAAGGACCGCUGUCAUGUCUGCAGCCUCUGUAGAAAGGCCUUCAAGCGAGCUACACACCUGAAAGAACAUAAACGAGUGCACCAGCCGGGCCCGUCACCCAGCUCCCAGAAGCCCAGAGUCUUCAGUUGUUCCUCCUGCGUAAAAGCCUUCGCCAAGCGCAGUCAGCUGGAGAGACACAAUCGAACGCACACAGGUGAGCGGCCUUUCAAGUGCACUCAGUGUGACAAGGCCUUCAACCAGAAGAGCGCUCUGCAGGUCCACAUGGUCAAACACACUGGAAAGAAGCCAUUCAAGUGUGAGGUGUGCAACAUCAGAUUCACCCAGAAAAGCAACAUGAAGCAUCACAUGAAGAGAUCGCACGGCUACGGUCAAAUACAAGAUGUGCCCCUGGGCCAAGAGGAAGCGGCGCCUCGGGUCGAGGUGACCCCUGAACUUGACCUGGAAGUGGUUCCUGAAGCAACAGGAGACUGGCCGAACGUCUUCUCCUGACCGCAACCCGCAUGACUGCCAAGUAUCAGAAAGCACUGCAGAGUCUCAUGAGCACUUACUGGCUAAACAGCAAAGCUUUGCCAAACACAAUAAUCCUCUGAAAGGGGCUGUGUGGCUGAAAACAGAUUUGAGGCUCCACCAUCAGCUGAAGUGAAUAGCGUUCAUCAUUUCUUUUCGUUACUGUUCUGCUCGGAUCUCGGCAUUCAUGUGGAUGUUUCUUUGACACCUGGCACCCAGCUAAGCUUUGUUGCCGACCAAAUGCACCUCUACUCUCCGGCCUACUUCUGCAGGGCAGUGGAGCCCCGCCACCUCUCAGAAAUUACUCCAGAAACUUAUCAAAAAGCCCUUCAAAUUCCCCAAAUCCCACUUGGAUUGUGCAGCUACAAUCUGAACUGGGAGAACUCCAUGGCCCACCCGACUGUGGACAAACACCCCCAUAGCUCCUGUCUCCAUCUGAAAAUGGGUCCGAGCUGUUUCAGAAGGACAACACAAGGAGGACCUGCUCAAUAUCAGUCAGGUGGUCUUAAUGCUGUACAUUCAAGUCCUCUGUCCUUGUAGCGGUCCCUGACUGUUUAUUCAAUUCAGCAUCAAAGCAAGGGGAGUCUGGCUCCCUCUGAUUGGCCUAAUGACUUUUAUCCGUUCUGCUGCGGUCUGAUUGUCAUCAGUAUGAUAACCGCUGGAGAGGUUUGGUUCAGGGAACACAGGCAUCCCAGAUAAGUCUCCACUCUGGAGACAGAGGUCUCCCACUAAUGCCGGCCCUGCUGGAAAUAGAGGAAACUGGAGCGUGCUGCAGAAACUUCCCAGCGACCAGUGUCGUCUCUUCUUCGGUGGUGUGCUCACAGGGAGCUGCAGGCAGCUUACUGCUGUCAUGGCCUAAAAGCAACCGCCUUACAGUACAUAAGACAGAAAGCACUUCUUUUCUACUGGUUUACUUUUGUCAUAUUUAUACUGUACAUAUUUCAUCUCCGAGUGAAAUGUUUAUUUUCGAUUGAUGUUUUAGUUUGAAAACAGCGGCUCACUGUGAAAGCUGCGCCAUUUUCCAGAUUCAUGAUUGAGGACUGCAACACUUUUUCUUUACUGUCUCACUUUGUAAAUAGUGUAGUUAGAUGGGGUAUAUUUUUUGAUGAACCACCACAACACAGAUUAUUGGAUAUAUAUAAUUUGAGCAUUAGGUUGCAUUUGUUAUGAAGCAAAGCCAAUGUACAGCUGUUUUGUUCUUUUCUAUUGUCCAUAAUAAGUUAAGAUUAAAGUAAUUUUUCUACUAAUUAAAGCUGGUUGUUUGUUCAUUACUAUGAAUUACAGAUAGAAUAAACUGUUUUGACGUUUUGGCUAAUGGGGGCUUAUCGGCUUUGUUGCCAAGAGUCAAAUGAGGACAGUUGCUUUUGCACAGGAGGAGCAUUCAGGCAAUAUAAAAAGGUGGUCCCCUGCUGAUUUUGUGCUGCUUAUCUGAGUCAGUGUGCAAGCAAAAAAAAAAAAAGGAGGGGGGAUCAAGCUAUUUUUAUAAACUGCCUCUCCAGGUGCGAAAUGUGACAGGGAAUGUGCUCAUAAGUCACUCAAGAUCUGCACACUAGAUUUUAGCAAGUGAAUUCAAACGGAGCAUUUUUAACAAGAAAAUUCCAGAAGGCAUAACCGUGGUCGGCUUGAGCAACGAGCCCGGCCUUGCUCUGAUUUGUUGGGUAGAGGCAGUGCUUCUACAUAAAAAUACAAAGUAGCUGUUUGCUGGAUUUGACCCAACACCAGCGUUGAUAUAAAACUAGUCGACAACUGUUUUUUCUUGAGUUUUUUGGACCAAACAUGAUGUAAUCUAUUCACUGGUGAGCUUGUGAUCUGGAUGUAGGAACUCCUGGCACAAUUUUCACACAAUUAAAAUGUCUUUUUUUUUUGUCUCUGUAAAACCACAGUGGGGAUUUUAAAUCAAACAAUCAAUAUGCGAUUGAAGUCCAGACUUUCAGCAUCUCAAGGGAGGAAACUUCAGGUUAUAGAUGUCAGGAUUUUCAUGCAUGUCUUAAAAACAGACCUUGGAAUUAAAAUCAUGUCAAUUUGUCCAGCUACUUCAGAGCAUCUGAAAUGGGGUCAACAUAUUAAAAAUGGUUGUAAUUCCUGAACAGUUAAUGCAGUACUUUUCUUAAAGUCUUUGAAAGUCUGCACAGCAAACUCUGGACCUGUCUGUACCUCUGCUAUAUCGUCACAUAAAACAGACAAAUAUCCAUGUUGGGUAACUUCAUCCUGUUUUCCAUUAACUUUCCCAUUCAUUGUGCAACUACAAUAGAUUUCCCCAGGUUCAAAUUAGAACUCAUACAGCUGUUACAUGGCUGGUGUUUCUGUGGCCUCUGAUUCACUUUUGAAUAACCACUCCAAAAUGACGUGGAAAAGGAAGAAAAAAACAUGUUUGGAGGGCCGUGUUUAUCUUUAAUUAUGAAAGCUGUGGUAAAAAGAAUUUCACAUGUAUCCUCUUGGGGGAAAUGCAUUCAUACUUUCAAUGCUCCAGCAAGCUUUUGUACUUCAGUAAUUUCAGCAUGACAUGAAACUGCAUAUACUCUGUGUGAUUACACAUGUGCUAGAAUAGCGAGCAGGUACUCCAUCUGCUCCGGUCAUGAGCUCGGAAAGCUUGGCCCAAAUAGUGAUUACCGAGUGAAUCAUGAAUUUAGGCUUAAUGGGGAAAAAAAGACUGGCAUGUCUUUGUUUGGUGUGACCUUGUUACACUUUGUUUCACUGUUUUUUGUUGUUUUGUUUUUUUAAAAGAUACAUCAUUUGCUGCUCUAGACAAAAAGACACAAUGCAGUCAGUAGAGCUGGUUUUAUAUAUUUAUAUAUAUAUAGAUAUAUAUAUUUUUUUAAAUGUUUUAUUCUCAGUUAAGUGGCAGGUCAUGUUUUAUUACACAUACAGUAAUGAGGAGGAAGUUUACAUUCAUUCUCAGGGUCCUUUCAGAACAAAGAAAAACAACACAGCUCUCAGAAGGCUCAAGCAAACAGGGGGCGGGUGGAGAUGCUGCAGAUCACACGUGGCUGCUUUUGGAAGAUGGAUGGAACAGCACAAAACUUCUUCUUUUUCUUGUUUGUUUUUUUACAGAAAACUCACAAAUUGUCAAAAAGAACAAAAACACCUCAUAAUGUGUCAUUACAAAGUUAGUUACAGAGCACCUUUUUGAAAUUGUGUGUUUUUUAUUAUCCACAUGAAGGAAAAACAGCACAUUGUAUUUGGUAGUCAGGAGGAAAGGCACUUAUUGUUGAGCUUUUUUUUUUAAUGAAUUCAGUUUACAGUAUCUGUGCCAAACAGGAGACAGAAGCAAUGAGAUGAGGAGACUUACAGUACACUAAAGCACUGAAGAAAGGUCUGAAUGUGGCAUCGUGAUUCAGAUUCAAGGUUUUAAAAAAGGUGGAAAACUGCGCUGUUAUGUGUGGACAGGUAGAUUAGUCAUUAUCUCAUAGACUGAAAGAGACUGCAGGAGAAACUCAAAAUUUAGAAAAUUUAGAAACUUUUACAACAAAACUCCAGAUUCAGCCUUAGGUCCUAUGAUGACAAACGCAGAUCAACGUACAUGUAGGACAGGACGCUUAACUUAAGUGACGUAGACAGCGUGACGAGACAGAAAACCGCUCUUUUCUAAAACAGAAGUCACCCGGUCUUUUCACCCGAUCGGCAGACGGCAAUGACGGUCAAGUCAGUCGGACUUGCACCGGCCCUAACCUUCAGCUCUCCGGGUCUGCUUCAGUUUUAGCCACCUUGUGUUAGAAAGAAAUACAUGGAGACAUCCACAGAAACCCAAAUACACGUAUAUAUAGAGGGGUGGGGGCGUUCAGGCUGCACAUGUGAGCGGCUUCGGGAUCAACUUCGGCAAACGGUUCACACCGGUGAUGAUGACUGCAUAGACUUAGCACAAUGCAAUGCAGGGAAAGGAGGGAGGAGACAGAUUGUGUCGCUAUCUACCAGCCAAAAGAGUGUUUGGGGCGGUGGGGGGGUGGGGUGGAAAGAAAUGAGGGAUUUAGUGAGCAUUAGAGUGUUAACAGAGGUGGAAGGGAAGGUGAGUCUAAGGGAUGACUAAGAUUUCCUCGUUUUCUUCCUCUUCCUCUUUUUUUUUUUUUUUUUUUU